AUGCCAGCGCCGCCGCGGUCGCCGAUUCGUGUUACCGCCAUCUCUCUCCGGCGGCGUCCCGACCGCUGGCGCGCGUGCGAGGACCACCUGCGAGGCCUGCUUGGCGACGGCUUCGACAUGUUUGAAGGCACAGACGCAAAGGCGGCGGCAGGAGACGACUCCACAGCUGUCGACCGCGUCGCCGCACUCGAGGCGGCGACCGGGUGCACCGUCUACCGCGGCUGGCCAAUCACAGAGGUGCGGCACGUGCGGCGCUGCUACACGUCGCUCUCGCCGCAGCUCAGCGACGCCGAGGCGUGGAUGUCGUACGAGCGCAAGGUUGCUGCCGCGUGGCGCUCGGACCGGUCGCGCCUCUACCUCGACUUUUUUCUGCGACACCUCACGCUCGGCGACGUGGGCGCGGCGCUGUCGCACCUGCGCGUGGCGGAGCGAGGCCACGCCGAGGGCCUCUCGCUGCAGGUAUGCGACGCGUACGCCCUCUCCGCCUCCGGCCUGCGCAAGAUCGCCACCUGCGGCUUCCGCGCCUCGGUCUUCCCCAUCGACGACUUUCUGCCCGCGCUGCACUCGCCCCACCCGCGCGAGGACGCGGAGGCGGCGCUUCUGCGGCGCGCGGAGUGGGGGAUGCGCGCCUUUUGCGCUGGGUGCGAGGGCGAGAGGAGGAGGUGCGUGGGGAAGGGCGGGCGGCGGGGCGAGCUGCUGCUCUGGUCGUGUGGCUACUCGGCGUGGCCCGAGCGGAGGCAGUUCCACGUCGUGUGCGGCGCGCCGGAUGCACAGCCGUGGCCCGGCGCCGGAGAGGCGGGUGGGGAGGCGGGUGGGGAGGCGGGUGGGGAGAUGCGGUCGUCGGUCCUCGAGGCGGCCUCGCUGUUGCGCGCAGUCGCGCUCGGCUGCGUCGCCGCGCUGGCGGAGGGCGGGGCGGUGCCUGCUCGGCUGCCGGGCGCGUGCGCGGCGGUGCCGGCAGACGAGGACCCGUCGGUGCUCGACGCGUCGCUCGGCGAGUGGGUUCGCGUCGAGGCCCUCUGCGAUGCGAACGACGUCCUCGUGCUCGCGUGCGACCAGCUGCAGGCGGCGAGCGAGGCUGCCGCGGCCGUUGCGGCCGCCGCUCCCUUUCCCGCCACCGGCGGUGCGCGCGAGCCGCCGCGGGACGCAGCGAGGGAGCGGGCUCUGCAGGCGAGCCGCCACCGGAUCGUGUGCGAGGAGGGGGGGGCGCGCGUGUCGGCCGUGUACGAGCUGCGCUUGCCGGAGCGGGUGCUCUGCUCGUCUCUAAAGGCGGUGUGA